AUGCAAGCAUUUCCCCCCCCAGAGGCAAUCUCUGUUGGCCAGGAUAUGUACUCUUAUCAACGAUUCGGAGUGAAGCGUGAAUCAUCCAUCACAUACAAGGAUAGCAAAUUUAAAAUACAAAAAAUGCGUUGGGAAUUUAAAAGAACUAAUUUACAAUUAAUAUGUCUCACCUAUUUAUUUCGGAAAUUGCAUUGCGACAGAAAAUCAUUUUCAAUAAAAUUAACUAAUAUGCUAUGUAACCAAGAGCUAACUGUCCAAAAUAAAGGAUCGACGGAUUAUGGAGGAACGAAAUAA